AUGGGAAACGCAGAGAGUCAGAGCGUGGAGCAUGCCUUCUACGGAGACAAGCACACCAGCCUGGGCCGCAAGCACACUUCCCGCUCGCUCCGCCUCUCCAACAAAGCCUCUCGCCGGACGCGCCACGCUUCUUCUGGAAAAAUUAUCCACCGGAACUCGGAAGUGAGCACCCGCUCCAGCAGCACCCCCAGCAUCCCCCAGUCCUUGGCGGAGAACGGCCUGGAGCCCUUCACCCAGGAGGCCAACCUAGAGGACUUUGGAAGCCCCAUCUGGGUGGACCGUGUAGACAUGGGCCUGCGGCCAGUUUCCUACCACACCGACUCCUCCGUCACCCCCAGCGUGGACAGCAGCACUGUCCUCACCGCCGCCUCCGUCCAGAGCAUGCCUGACUCGGAGGAGAGCAGGCUGUAUGGGGACGAGCCGCCGUUCCUGGCGGAGGGCGAUGGGAGGGCGCAUCGAUACGCGGCCAACGGGACAACCUUCAUCGAGACAGCCAGCUUCAAGAAGAAGCGCUCCAAAUCGGCCGACAUCUGGCGCGAGGACAGCCUGGAGUUCUCGCUUUCCGACCUCAGCCAGGAGCAUUUAACGAGCAACGAGGAAAUCCUGGGCUUGGCCGAGGAGAAGGAUGCCGAGGCCGGCCGGGGGCCGGAGGCCGGUGGCAGCCCCCAGGCGCUGGUUGCCUGCCAGCGCGCCAACUCCAUGAGCGACCUGUAUUCGCCCAAAACCCCGAGCGCCACCAUCAACGGAGGUCCGCGAAAUGCCUUUGGAGGGUACUGCCGGAACUUAGUGUCUGACAUCCCGGAUAUCGGGAGCCAUAAGAUGGCAUCGGUUACCGCUGAGGAUGCACCUUCCUACAGUAAUUACAACACGUUGCCCUGUAGGAAGUCCCACUGCCUUUCCGAAGGGGCCACCAACCCACAAAUGAGCCAUAGUAGCAGCAUGCAAGGCAGAAGGGCAAAAACUACUCAGGACGUCAACGCGGGCGAGGGGAGCGAGUUCACCGACAGUGGGAUCGAGGGAGCAGCCACCGACACCGACCUCCUUUCUCGACGCUCCAAUGCUACCAACUCGAGUUACUCGCCGGCGGCCAGCCAGGCUUUCAUCGGCAGAGGCNGGGGGGCCGACGGCCUUCGCCAGGGGGUGUAUGAGAACUUCCGCCGGGAGCUGGAGAUGAGCACCGCCAACAGUGAGAACCUGGAGGAGGCCGGCUCUGCCCUCAGCGACGAGCAGAGCAGCGGCACCCUCAGCUCCCCAGGUCAGUCUGACAUCCUCCUGACGGCCGCCCAGGGCACGGUGCGCAAAGCGGGCGCUCUGGCAGUCAAAAACUUCCUGGUCCACAAGAAGAACAAGAAGGUGGAGUCGGCCACGCGCAGGAAAUGGAAGCACUACUGGGUCUCCCUGAAAGGCUGCACGUUGUUUUUUUACGAGACUGAUGGCAGGUCUGGUAUUGACCACAACAGCAUCCCGAAGCACGCCGUCUGGGUGGAAAACAGCAUAGUGCAAGCAGUGCCUGAGCACCCCAAGAAGGACUUUGUCUUCUGCCUCAGCAACUCCCUUGGGGACGCUUUCCUAUUCCAG